AUGGGAAGCUUUCAUCGCCGGACUUUUUCUUACGAUAAGCUUCCGAGCGUGCCCAUUAGGCUCUCCGUUCUCAAGCUAGAUGGCUCAACCUUUGAUGUUUACGUAUUGAGCUCGGCGACCGUUGGUGAUCUCAAGCUUGCCAUAGAGACUGCCUUCAGCCACGUCCCCAAGAAAGGACCCUCCAAGAUCUCAUGGUCACACGUGUGGGGGCAUUUCUGUCUGUGUUUUGGGGGUCAGAAGUUAGUCACCGAUACGGAUUGCAUUGGUCUCUAUGGGAUGAAGGACGGGGAUGAGGUAAGGUUCAAGAACCAUGUAUCGGGCAAUGUGGUUUUGAGCAAGGGAUAUUCUAGGAAAUCCAAACAAAAGAAUUCAGAGAAGGUAGUAGGGCCAAAGGAUGAAUAUUAUGAGGAAAUGAAGAGAAUUGAGGAGACUGAUAAUGACUCUUGGGAAGAUCUCGAGAAAGGAAGCUUCGUGAGGUAUUCAGAUGAUGACUUAGAAGCUUCUCCAGGGGAAAGCAGGUCUUGUCUAACCACGGUCCGAGGUUGCUGUUUUGUUUGGGGUUUAAAGGAGCUUCUUGGGUUUGGCAAUGACAAAGGCUAUUACUCUUUGAGAGACACUUGGAGAGACGAUUGA